AUGAAAUCCUUCGAUUCAAUGCCAUCACAUCAACAAUUAACAUCAUCGACACCUCUCAAACAAGAUUCGACGACACCUUUUGAAGACACACUCCCGAAUCGAAUAGUACUCCUCACAGGUGGAACCAAUGGAGUGGGAAGAGAAUGUGCCAAACAAAUGUUAGCUCUCGGAGUGAAUGUCAUUAUUACAAGUUCGAAUGAAGAGCGUGCCAAACAAGUGGCUCACUGCAUGGAAUGUGAAGAUAUUUGUGAAAAGGAAUAUGGAGCUCAAGAGGAUGCGAUGAUGAAAUCAUUAUUUGAAAAGUUAUGGCCGAAAAUUUCUUCUCCAUCAUCGUCAUCCUCAACAUCAUCACGUUUUAAGAAAGGAAAAUGUAUUGGAAUGGAAAUGGAUUUAAUGGAUUUGGAAAAAGUGGCUCAAAGUUGUGUGAAAUUGUGUCAAGAAAUUUUACCUAAUCAUUUUGGAACGGAUCAAUUGGAUGGUAUUGUGAAUAAUGCAGGAGUGGUUGGAAGCACUGGAAAUGAAGAAAAUGCAGUGUUAAAUCCACAGGGUGUUUCAAAAACAUUUUCUGUGUGUUAUCUUGGACAUUUUCUAAUGAAUUACUUGUUAAGAAAUAGAUUGAGAGAGAAUGGAAGAAUUGUUGUCGUCUCAUCAAAUGUGGUUCAAUUAAUGAUUAGUGACAGAUAUACAUCUCUUGAACAAUUGGAUUGGAUGAAAAUGAUCUAUCAUGAAAAAACGAAAGGAACCAUUCCUCCAUAUGCCUAUAACAAAUUAUUUUGUUCCAUGCAUUGCUUAAAUUUGCAUGACAAAUGGAUCAUUGCAAAAGAAUGUCCUCAUUUACAAUCUGUGAACUAUGUUCAUCCUGGAGUCAUGAUGACCAACCUGUUAGAACGAGCAAAGGAAGAGCAAAAACAAUCAUCUCCUUUUCUUGCUUAUAUUAGUUAUGGAAUUGGAAAGAUUAUACAUGCAUUUUCUGGAAUUCCAAUUUCACGAGGUGCUUUUCAUGAAUUGAGACUAGCUCUCGAUCCAUCCAUUACAUGUUCAGGAAAAUUCUUUUUCAUGCAACAAGAGAAAGAUCCUAAAGAUGAUCAUAUUCUACUUACUCGUAAGGAAGAACGAGAGAAAUUGUGGAAUUUCAGCAUGAAAAUUGUUGGUCCCUUCUUGGAAAGGUAUUCUCCUCUCAUUGAGCAAUAA